AUGCCUACACUAGACUCGGAUCCCGCCAACGGGCUUGAUAAUUACGAUGUUGACGACUUUUCUGACGAUCCCUUUGCAUCACCCCCUCCAGAAGCGGCCAACAAGAAGCGAAAAGAGCCAGAUUCUGGUCUAGGUAUUGAUGAGGAGGUUGAUGUCAAGAAGAGAGCUCGAGUUCCCAACGUGAAGCUCGACGAAGAGAGAUUACUUGGACCAAAAGGUAUUCCCAAGUUAAGGCAAAGGGCGAGGGACCUCAAGAUUAAGGGCAAAGGCCAUGAAUUCUCUGACGCCUCUCGACUUCUAUCCUUCUAUCAACUAUGGCUAGAUGAUCUCUUUCCCAAAGCCAAAUUUCUCGACGCCCUUACCAUGGUCGAAAAGGCCGGCCACAAGAAACGAGUCAUGAUAGCACGAAACGAUUACAUCAACGAGAACAAGCCCAAAGACAGAACUGCAGAUGAUGAGGACGAGGACGAUUUAUUCGGUGAAAACGAUACAUCAAGACCUGCAGAGCAGGAGGGCACAAGACCAACAGAACCCGCAAGACCAAGAACACCAGAGCAAGACACAGGCGUACCAGACGAUGACGAUCUCUACGAUGCUACACCACAGGCUGCACGACAAACUUCAGGACCGAUUGUACCCAUCCGCAACGACGUUCCAGAAGAUGAUGAUUUCGAGGCUCUUAUCGCCGAGGCAGCAAGUCACGACGCAGCUCAGAAAGCGAAAACAAACCAUACGACAGCGGAGCCAGACGACGAUGACCUAGAUGCACUCAUGGCGGAGGCAGAAGUGCAAGACACCGCGAGGAAACCAGAGGCACCACGGGCUGAACCGGAUGACGAUGAUCUAGAUGCGCUGAUGGCAGAAGCUGAGGGUCAUGAUCAGACAAGCAAAGAGAAGAGUCGAGGAUCGAAAGAUAAGGAGACAAAUAAUUUUGAUGAUGAAGAGGCUGCUAUGCAAGAGAUGGAUGGGUUAUGGUAA